AUGUACGGCUCCUACGGAUCUUACAGCUCCAUCUGGCCUCGCCGCUCCGUCCUGUCCUCUGGCUCCUCGUGCGACGAGCACCGCGCUACCUCAUACCUCUCGGACGAGGACCUCUUCCCCGUCGACACCUUCGAGGAGGACGACGCCACCUCGGUCUCCAGCACCAGCAGCUCCUUCGCCUCUCCCAUCCCCGCCGUCCAGGUCCUCUCCGGCUCCGCGAGAGCUGAGCUCGGAAGGCAACGCCAGGCGAUGCAGAAGGAGUACGUCAAGAUGCUCAUCAGCGAGAAGGAGAAGAGGAAGGCCGCCGCCAAGAAGCAGAGGAGACCCUCUGCGAGCUCCAAGAAGAGCUCCAAGAAGACGGUGACCAUGGGCACCAUUGUCGAGAGUGAAUGA